AUGGGUCGCGUUAUCAGGAACCAGAGGAAGGGUCGUGGUUCCAUCUUCACGGCCAACACCCGUCUGAACAAGGCCCCCGCCAAGUUCAGGACCAACGACUUCGCUGAGCGCCAUGGCUACGUCCGCGGUGUUGUGAAGGACAUCAUCCACGACCCCGGCCGUGGUGCUCCUCUCGCCAAGGUCGUUUUCCGCGACCCCUACCGCUUCAAGCUCCACACCGAGACCUUCAUUGCCAACGAGGGCAUGUACACCGGCCAGUUCAUCUACGCCGGCAAGAACGCCAGCUUGACCAUCGGCAACGUCCUUCCCCUCGGCUCCGUUCCUGAGGGUACCGUCGUCACCAACGUCGAGGAGAAGGUUGGCGACCGCGGUGCGCUCGGCAGGACCUCCGGCAACUACGUCACCGUCAUUGGCCACAACCCCGACGAGGGCAAGACCCGUGUCAAGCUCCCCUCGGGCGCCAAGAAGGUCGUCUCCAGCUCCGUCCGUGGUAUGGUCGGUAUCGUCGCUGGUGGUGGAAGGACGGACAAGCCCCUCCUGAAGGCUUCCCGUGCUAAGCACAAGUUCGCCGUCAAGCGCAACUCUUGGCCCAAGACUCGUGGUGUUGCCAUGAACCCCGUCGAUCACCCUCACGGUGGUGGUAACCACCAGCACAUCGGUAAGGCCUCGACCAUCUCCCGCUACGCCGCACAGGGUCAAAAGGCCGGUCUUAUUGCUGCCAGGAGAACCGGUCUGCUCCGUGGUACGCAGAAGACGAAGGAGUAG